AUGGAUGGCAAAGAAACAUGUACAUCGUGGAACGAUAUUGAUUCGCCUGAGGAAAUUGUCAUUUCUGGCAUUGCAGGCAGAUUUCCUAAUUCAGAUAAUAUGAAUGAAUUACGAGAAAAUUUAUUCAACAAAAUUGAUCUUGUAAGAGCUGAUCAUAGCCGAUGGAAAAUAGAGCAUUUCGAAUUUUCACGCCGUAUGGGAAUUAUCAAUAAUGUGGAAAAAUUUGAUGCGGACUUUUUUGGAUUAACUUUUGAGCAAGCACACACACUCACACCUGAAGCGAGAUUAUUAUUAGAACAUUCUUAUGAAGCAAUUAUCGAUGCAGGGAUUAAUCCAAAGCAAUUAAAAGGAAAAAAUACUGCUGUAAUUGUAGGGCUAUCUUUUAUUGAAUCACAAUCAAAAUUGUUAAUGAAUUGUGAGUUCAAUGGUAUUGUUGGAUGCAGUAAAGCUAUAACAGCAAAUAUGAUUUCGCAUUACUUGGAUCUGAAAGGACCAUCUCUUACCGUUGAUUCAGCAUGCAGUUCUACUCUUCAUGCUAUGGCCGUUGGUUAUGACUAUAUCGUAUCAGGCAAAUGCGAAGACGCAAUAAUUGGAUCUGCACAAUUAUGUUUUAUGCCAGUUUUAAACAUGCAAUUCGCUCGGUUAGGUGUUUUGUCAUCUGACGGUUAUUGCAGAUCAUUUGAUAAUGCUGCUAAUGGUUAUGCGCGUAGUGAAACGAUGGGAGUGGUAUACCUCCAAAAGGCGAAAAAUGCAAAGAGGAUUUAUGCCAUAUAUCCGCAUGUUAAAUUAAACUGCGAUGGUUACAAAGAAGAAGGAAUAUUAAACCCGUCAUCAGAAAUGCAACAUACGCUACUAUCGGAAUUUUACAAUGAAUGUAGAAUACCGACAUCAAGAUUAGAUUAUAUCGAAGCACACGGUACUGCUACAAAAGUUGGAGAUCCUACAGAAGUUAAUGCUAUUCAUAGUAUAUUUUGUAGAAAUAAGGAGACUCCAUUAAUGAUCGGAUCCAUAAAAUCUAAUCUUGGUCAUUCUGAACCUGCGAGUGGUUUUAAUCAGAUCGCUAAGGUAGUAAUAGCAUUUGAAACUGGCUUUGUUCCACCAAAUAUCAAUUAUACAACACCAAGAAAUGAAAUAGAUGCCUUAGUAAAUAAAACUAUUUGUGUCGUCCAAGAACCAAUGCCUCUUCAAAAUGGUUACAUAGGAAUCAAUAAUUUCGGUAUGGGAGGAUCCAAUGCCCAUAUAUUAUUAAAAUGGAAUGCUAAACAAAAAGUUAAUAAUGGAGCACCAAAUGAUGAUAUUCCUAGACUUGUAAUAUUAUCUGGACGCACAGAAGAAUCAGUGAAAUUGUUUUUAAACGACAUUACUAAUCGUCCAAUAGAUAUAGAAUAUAUCCGUUUAUUGCACGAUAUCUAUGCAGACAAUAUAAGUGGUCAUCUAUGGAGAGGAUAUACUAUAUUAAGUACCUCGCAACAAGAUCCUAUAAAGGAAAUUCGAAAUUGUGAAGGUGCGAAAAGACCUGUGUGGUUUAUAUUUUCAUCUUUAGAUUCGCAAUGGCCAGGAAUGGGUCGAAGCUUAUUAAAGUUUAAUGUCUAUGCAAAAGCAAUAAAAAAGUGCGAUAAAGUUUUAAAACCAUAUAAUAUAAGUAUUAUAGACAUCUUGACAAAAACUGAAGAAAAAUUGUGGAAAAACGCGUUAAAUGCUUUUCUUGGAAUUGUUGCUUUUCAGAUUGGUGUAAUAGAUCUUCUAAGAUCGUUAGGAAUUACUCCGGAUUACAUGAUUAGUCAUUCUGCUGGUGAACUCGGCUGCGCGUACGCAGAUGAAUGUCUCACAAUUGAACAAACUAUUUUAUCAGCAUAUUUUAUUAGUUUGACAUGUACUAAAAGACAAAUAAUUCACAGCUCUAUGGCAGUUGUUACUUUAAAUUACCAGCGUCUUAAAAAUAUAUGUCCCUUGGAUGUUGAAAUAGUAUGCCGUAAUAGCGAGAACAACAGCGUUGUGUGCGGUCCCACAGAAUCUGUACAAACAUUUAUUAAAAAAUUACAGAUCAAUAACGUUUAUGCAAAAGAGAUCUACUGUAACGUACCGUAUCACAGUUCUUAUCUCGCAUCAACAAAAAUUCAACUUUUGCUUAAUUUGAAUAAAAUAAUACCAUGGCCAAAAGAACGGAGUUCAAAGUGGAUUAGCACUUCUAUACCUCGCACUGAAUGGUUUACCUCAACAUCAAAGUUUUCAUCGGCUGAGUAUCAUACACAAAGCAUAUUGAACACCGUUCUCUUUCAACAAACAACAGAUCUAAUUUCAAGUAGCGCUGUGGUCAUCGAAAUCGCACCAGACGGUGUUUUGCAGCACGUUUUGAAAAAACUCCUACAUCCAAAAGUGACAAGUUUUGUAUUGAAUGGACACACCGAACAACAUAUUGAUAUAUUUUUACAAGGAAUUGGGAAGCUUUAUAAUUGCGGUUUACAACCGCAAAUUGGAAAUUUAUAUCCAUCAGUGGAAUUUCCAGUUAGCCGAGGAACUCCUAUGAUCUCUCCAUCAAUCAGAUGGAAUCAUUGUGAAAAUUGGUGCAUACCAAACAGUGAACAACAAAAGUCCAUAAAAUCCAGAGAAAGAUACGUCAACAUUUUACUCGAGGAUGAAAACUAUGAAUAUAUGAGCGGUCAUAUAAUCGAUGAAAGAAAUUUUCUACCGGCCACGAGUUAUUUGGGACUCGUGUGGCAAACAAUUGGUAUGAUGAAAGGAGUAAUGCACACAACGAUACCAAUAGUCUUCCAAAAUGUAAAAUUUAUUCGUGCUACGCAUUUGUCUAAAAAUAAUGCCGUAGAAUUACAUAUUGUAAUACAAACAGAUGGAAAGUUUGAAAUAACCGAAGGAGGUAGUGUUGUUGUAACAGGUACAGUGUACGAUACAUCAAAUCCAGAACAGGAAAUGGUUCCAAUAGAUUUGUUAUCGGAGAAUAAUGAUGAAGAAGAACACAUGUCAGCACGAGAUAUCUACAAGAUAUUGAAACUGCAUGGAUAUCAAUACAGAGGCUUGUUUCGUGGAUUAAAGAGUGCUUCUGUUUCAGGAAGUAAAGGACAUAUCAUUUGGAAAAACAAUUGGGAAUUAUUUAUGGACAAUAUGUUACAGAUGCAAAUUAUUCGAUAUGACAUUAAGGAUUUGUAUGUUCCUACGAGUAUCCAAAAAUUAGUGAUAAAUCCAAUGCUACAUGCUUCGAAAUUAAUAACGGAUAACAUGGAUGAUUCAGAAGUUACAACAGAUAUAAAUAAACUAUUACAGGUACGAAUACAUAAAGAGAUAGACACAAUAAGAGCUGGCGGAGUAGAAAUUCGAGGUUUUAAAGUUGCUCAAAUCUCUCGUCGGAGAUUAACUCAGAAUGCUCUUAUUGAAGAACAUACGUUUGUUGCUCAUUGUGAUCGCGCUAAGAUUUCCUUAAACGAAGCAAUUCGGUUAUCGGUUCAACUCGUAAUGGAAAAUCACGAAAUUAAUAAAGUACAAGCAGUCGAGCUAGUGGAAGAUGUCGAUGAUGUUGAAUUUGAAUGUCUUUCAUAUUCGUUGCUGCUUGAGGCAAUUGGUGAUAUGCCACUGAAACAAAUAAAUAUUACUUUAUUAACAUCAUCAAAUCGUUUUAAAUCAGAAGACUUACCGCAAAAUGUCUCCAUAAAAAAUUUUGAAAAAUUGUCUUUUGAUGACAAGGGUUUAAUGGUUGUUGGAUUCAACCUUUUAACCAAACAAGCAUCGUUAAAGCGACUGUUGCCAUUUUUGAGAGAGGGUGGUUAUGUGUUGACUCGUGAGAAAUGCGACAUAACUAAUUAUGAAAAAGAUUUGCAGCAAUAUGAAUUAAACGUCAUUCUCGAAAAACGCACUGAUAAAGAAAUAAUUGUGCUACUGAAGAAGAAAGUUCUGAUAAGCGAAAGGAUUGUUGUUUAUAUAAGUAAUAAUAACUUUAAUUGGCUGGAGAAACUAAAGCCGCUUGUGAGCGACGAGAAUAAACUUGAUAAGAAUAGUAGAAUUAUAAUUGUCGGAGAGAGAGAUUUUGAGUGCGGUUUAUUAGGUUUUGUUAACUGUUUGAAGAAAGAGCCAGGUGGAGAACUUGUUAGGAGUGUGCUCGUUCAAGAUAAAAAUGCUCCUAAAUUCUCUCUACAAGACCCCUUUUAUCUAGAACAAUUGCAAAAAGAUAUGGCUAUUAAUGUAUUACGAUCUAAUAAAACUUGGGGAUCGUACAGACAUCUAAAAUUGCCACAACCGGAAGCAAAACUUGUACCAACCGCUCAUGUCUGUCAAAUGGUUCAUGGCGACUUAAGUACAUUUUGCUGGAUAGAGAAUAAUCUAUCAGUUGUAUCUCGUCGUGAAAACUUGGUGCACGUUGUCUACUCAUCUCUGAAUUUUAAAGAUAUAAUGCUCGCCACUGGUAAAUUAACAUUUCAGAAUACGUUUAUGCAAGAACAGCUAUUUCAAUAUGUUUCUCUUGGAAUGGAAUACGUGGGUUUUGAUGCUAAUGGACAACGUAUAAUGGGAAUGCGCGGUACUAAUUGUAUAGCAAACGUCGUUGAGAAAGAUGAAGAUCUUGAUUGGAACAUACCCGAUACAUGGACAUUUGAAGAGGCAGCAACGGUCCCGUGCAUUUACAUCACGGUUUAUUUAGCCUUAUACUAUUACGGAAAAAUGAAAAAAGGUGAUAAAAUACUUAUACAUUCCGGUACUGGAGGCAUUGGACAAGCAGCUAUUCAUCUCGCUCUUAAAGAGGGAUGCGAGGUGUUUACUACCGUCGGCACACAUGACAAGCGGAACUUCAUUAAGAAAACAUUUCCGAUCAUUCCAGAUGAACAUAUUGGAAAUUCUCGAGAUACAAGUUUUGAACAAAUGAUUAUGCGUCAAACGAAAAAGCGCGGCGUCGACAUUGUGUUAAAUUCAUUGGCGGAAGAAAAGUUAAUCGCUUCUGUUCGAUGUUUAGCUCAAAAUGGUCGAUUCUUGGAGAUUGGAAAAUUCGAUCUUGCUUCUAAUAAUCCCAUAAAUAUAUAUGAGUUUCAGAAAGGUAUUAGUUUUCACGGGAUUAUAUUGGAGAAUAUGAUGUCAAAAAUUUGCAAGUGGAAGCGUUUAUUGCACAAAUUGAUAGACGAUGAUCUAAAAAAUGGAACAAUCAAACCAAUUCAAGCAACAGUUUUUUCAAAAACCAAUAUUGAAGAAGCUUUUAGAUAUAUGGCGAGCGGAAAACAUAUAGGAAAGAUAAUUAUAAAUAUUCACGAAAAGGAUGAAUCUCUAGAUAAACAUAUUCUCGCAUAUCCUCGCUAUUAUUGUCUCAAAGACAGAAGUUAUGUAAUACUAGGAGGUCUGGGCGGAUUUGGUUUAGAAUUAACCGACUGGCUUAUAUUUCGUGGUGCCAGAAUCAUCAUUCUGGUUUCAAGAAAUGGAAUAAAAAAUGGUUACCAACGCAGGAAAGUUCAACUAUGGAAGUCGUACGGUGUAAACGUUCUGAUCAUCAGGAAUAUUGAUGUUGCAGAUAUCAAAGGUUGUGAAUAUCUGUUACGAACUGCUGAAAAGGAAGCUCCAGUGGACGCGAUAUUCAAUCUCGGUGUGGUAAUAAAGGACGGCGUCCUCAAGAACCAAACCGCAGAAACAUUCGCAGAGAUCUUCCAGCCAAAGGCUCGUGCAACGCAAAUGCUGGACAAACUUUCUAGGAAAAUUUGUCUUAACUUACGGCAUUUUGUAGUGUUCUCUUCCAUAUCCUGCGGCAAAGGAAACAUUGGGCAGACUAAUUAUGGCAUGGCCAACUCUGUCAUGGAGAGAAUUUGUGAGAAGAGAGCGGAGGAAGGAUUACCAGGAUUGGCGAUUCAAUGGGGAACUAUAGAUGACGUGGGUUUCAUGGCUGACGCGCAGGAGAACAAUAAGAAACUAAUUAUCGGUGGCACUCUAUAUCAAAAGAUAUCCUGCUGUCUCCAUAAACUCGAAAAAUUUUUACUUCAAAAUCGGCCAAUUGUGAGCAGCGUAGUCAUUGCUGAAAAAAAAGGAGAAAGUCACGGAAGUCUAAUAGAAAGAAUUGCUAAUAUUUUAAACAUAAGUGACAUAAAGAUUGUAAGUCCAAAUUCAUCUCUGGCUGAACUCGGAAUGGACUCCAUGAUGGCCGCAGAAGUCAAACAAACUGUAGAACAAGAAUUUGAUACAUUUGUCACAGCACAAGAAAUACGAAAUCUUACUUUUGCAAAACUUAUUAAGAUGUCUGUUGCAACCAUCAAUAACAAUAAUGUGGAUGAUGAAAAGAAAUUGGAGAUAAAAACGCAUUUAAGCGUUAUAAAAAUUUUAUUAAGUAUUGCUGUAAAGGAUGAAGAUUUUGUUUCUCCAACAAAUAUUUCGACUAAUCAACAAAGUACUAUGACUGAAGUAUUUCUUAUACCGGGUCUUAACGGAUGUGGUACUGUAUUUAAAACGAUAGUACCGUAUAUUAAAUUUUCAACAUCGCUGUUGCAAUAUAAAACAAACGAUAUUGAUUCUACAAAUAUAAUAUUGGAAACGACUAAUCAUUUCAUAAACCACAUACUUUCAAUGCUGACAGAUGGAAAAGAUUUUGUAAUAGUAGGAUACUCUUUCGGAUCUCUUUUCGCAAUUGAAAUAAUGAGGAGAUUGGAAGCUAUGAAUUUUAAAGGUCGACUUGUUCUCAUUGACGGUGCUCCUGAGCCUAUCCAGACAAUAUUAAAACAUUUUGUAUUAAAUUUUGAUAAUGCAAAUUUUCAGAUUAAUAUCUUAAGUAAUAUUAUGGAAAUGUAUUCAGUAAAAUGUUCUGAACAGAUUUUAAGGAAAUUAAAAAAAUGUGAGAACUGGGAUGAAAGAUUAAAUAUUGCCGCUGAAUACUUCUCAGCUUUAUACACAUUUCUCUCAUUUGCAAAUUUCAAAACACUAUGUACAACGAUUUACAAACAUUUAUCUGUUCUCCGAGAAUAUGAUUCUUCUACUUUGUCACCUAUUAAGUCUUCUAUAACAUUGUUAAAAUGUACAUCCCAUUUUCAAAUACCAACGAUCGAAGAGAAUUAUGGUUUGCACAAGGUAACACAAAAUGUGGUAAAAGUACAUUAUAUUGAAGGUGAUCAUGUGACAAUCUUAAAGAAUAAAAAAGUGGCAGCUGCAAUUAACGGAGAACUACCAUUUACUGCAUAAAAUUUUAUUAUAAUUAUUAUAUCAUGUUGGUUAAAAUUGGAUAA